CCUUUGAGUAAAAGUCCAGCAAGUUUUGAGGCAGAAGUUGUAGGAGAAGACUGCAAGUUGUAGUGUGCGUGUCUAGAAGGUAACCCGUAAAUUGCAAAAAACUCUCGCGAGACUACCUGCCCGACGACCUAUCCCUUAUUCGAAAUCAACGCCUAACAAUCAUUGCACAUCUCGCGAGAGUUUCCACAACUCGUUGGUUACCUUCUAGACGUGACCCACAAAAAAAGUUCUCCAAGAAGCUAACGUUAGCUAGCUAGCCAUUUCUUGAAACUUUUAUUAUUAUUAAACGAAUUUUAAACGAGAUUUUGAGCGAAUUGUUAAAGUAGAUAAGCGCUCACAUUAUUAAGUAUGUUUUGUUAAGUUUAGAGAAGGUAAGUCCGCUUUAAGAUAACUUAAAUUAGCCUUUGAAGCUAGCUGAGUUAGCAUGCUAAAGGAUGCUCACAACAUGCCAACACUGAGACAGCUGCUGGAGGAAAACACAGAGGAAAUGGGUUUAAUCUUAGUGGAAUGCUGGUAAUGAUGUGAUGGAUGAAGGGAACAGACUUUCACCUUCAUCUGGAAGAGCCUCAGCCUGGUUUCCUGCCUGGUCACAUGACACUUCAGCUGAGCUCUGGCACAGCACUCCAGUCAAAAAGAGAAAUGGUGGUGCUUCACUGGAUGAUAGCCAACCGUCUGUCCUAAGCAGCUUCAAGAUGGACAACAUGGCAAACCAGUGGGUCCAAAGUACACCUCCCAUCCCAGCAGACACCCUCUGUCCCCCAAGCUCACAGGACACAGAGUUUCCUGCGAAUGACCCGAGUGGCUCCACCAUCCAGAGGCAGAGGAGGGAGCUGCAGCUGCUGAUGGCUGAGCUGAAGGACAGGGACAGGGAGCUGAACGCCAUGGCUGCCUCCCAUCACAAGCAGCUUCACGCCUGGGAACAAGACCGCCAGAGGGUGCUCUCCUUGGAGCAGAGGUGUGCCCGUUCGGACGAUGAGCUGCAGAAGCGAAACGAGGUGAUCAGAGUCCUGACUAAACGUGUGUGGGUGGUGGAAACCAGGGAGGUGGAGGUCCAGAAGGAGCUCAGCGUUGCCUAUCAGCAGCUCUGUGAGCUUGAACAGAAACAGCACAACGUCAGCCAAAAAUGUCAAGACUUUGAGGAGCAGAACCAGAGUCUCAACUCCACCGUCAUGGCUCUGUCCACUCAAGUCGGCUCUCUGCAGGUCAGGGAGGAAGAACUGAGCUCCAUGCUCAAACUCAAGGACAAAGAUGUGACCGAGGCCUCUGGUCAUGUCGUCGACCUCACAGGGCGCCUACGAGAUCUGGAGAUAUCGCUAACGGAGAGUCGCUCACGAGAAAGCAAACUCCUGAGAGACUCUGAGGAAAAUAAACGGCGCUACAAAGAGGCCAGGCAUGAGAUCACACACCUUAAAGAGGAGCUGCAGCAGCAGGUAACACAGAGCAGCACUCAGAGAGAAGAGAUCAUCCGUCUCAAACAGGAACUCCAGCUGCUUCGCAGAGAUCUGGCCUUGUCAGGGGAGGGAGACAGCUGGAGAGACGAGCUGCUGGAACUGGCUCGAUCCAAACAGGAACGCACCAUGUCAGAGCUCCGCUGCCUGCGACAGGUGUGUGACAAUCAGCGUAACGACCUGCAGCUUCUGCAGCUGAACCUGGAAAGUGCUCGAGAAACCCUGCGGGAGAAGACCAGUCAGGGGUUACCUGGCAGUCCGGACGAGUUAAGAUGCAUCUGUCUGGACAGCCGGUCACCAUCAUCACUCAGAGUGAAGAGCUCAAGACCUUUAUAUGACGCUGCCUCUCCACCAACAGACGGUCUGCAAGCCACAGUCAACGGUGACCUGGGAGUCUUCUCUGCACACUCCAUUGAUGGUGAUGAUCCGCUGUCCAGCUGUUCUCUGCAGCAGCUGUUGGAUGAGUCCAGGCAGCUCAUCACUUCAGAGCACAGCAGCUCGAGACCUCACACCUCUGUACACAGUAAUCCUACUCUGAGCUGUGGGGCCACUGACCCUCUUAACUCUCACAAGUGCCCGACAUCCCUCCACCACCUCCACCACCUCCAUCACCACACAACCACCCCAACAUACAAGGCCAGUGAAACUCCACCCAAAGCCUGCCCUCGACACUCGACCUGGACAGUUUGACAUUCAUUGACGGAUUUUAUUUUUUCAGUGGCAUUUACCAAAGUUUUCAAAAUCAGUGCUACUUGUCUACAGAAGCUGAACCUGUAUGCACACAGCUGAAGGUUGAACUGUCUCUCAGGGAAAUAAUGAAGUCAUAAACAUACAUUUAUGUCAUGAAUUAAGCAACUUUUUAUACCUUUAAUCUUGUUUUUAAUUUGGUGCCAGUGCAUUACUCUGCAUACAUGUGUGUUUUAUAAAGCCCUGUUUCCUAUUUGUGAAGGCGGUGUUGUGUAAAGUGGGUGAGAUGUGAAACCAGUCCUACAGGGCUGUUGAGUGUUGAGUCCUUGUAUUGUCUUUCCAGUUUCACUGCCUUCAGAUUCACCAGGUGACUCAAGAGGAAAUGUCUAUAGCUGUUCAUAGUUUUUACACUUUACAACUUGUUUUAUAAAAAAAUAUUUAUAU